CCAUAACAAGCGAGUGCUCGUUCGUUUGCGCAUGCGCAGGGAAUGGCAGAUGGAGCGCGCGUUCCAGACCGCCCUGUGGGUUCUCAGGCCCGAGGUGGUCUUCAUCCUGGGGGACAUUUUCGACGAAGGCAAGUGGAGCUCGAAGAAUCAUUGGGAUGACGACGUGCGGCGCUUCCACAGGAUGUUCCGGCACUCCGAGGAAACCGAGCUGGUGGUCUUGGUUGGGAAUCACGACAUCGGCUUCCAUUAUGAGAUGGACUGGUUCAAGCUGCAGCGCUUCGAAAAGGUUUUCAACGCCUCCUCCACCAGGAUCGUCACCAAAAACGGAGUCAACUUCUUGUUGGUAAACAGCGUGGCGCUGCACGGUGACGGCUGCCCCAUCUGCCAGUCGGUCGAGAAGGAGCUCAUCAGACUCUCCAAGGAUCUUAACUGUUCUCUGCAGAGCUCGGAGGAUGGCUGCAAGGGCACGCAGGUGUAUCCUCCUACACCCCCCAUUAUGUUACAGCACUACCCGCUGUACAGAGUGAGCGAUGCAGGCUGCACUGGCUCGGACGCAGCGCCGCCCGGUGAGCGCCACCUUCUGUUCAGGGAGAAGUACGACGUACUGUCCAAGGAGGCGUCCCAGAGGCUGCUGAAUUGGCUCAAGCCCCGCCUCAUCCUGAGCGGCCACACCCACAGUGGCUGUGAAGUCCUCCACGACAACAAGUACCCGGAAGUCAGCGUGCCGUCCUUCAGCUGGAGGAACCGCAACAAUCCCAGUUUCAUCUUGGCAUCCGUGUCACCGGGCAGUUACGCGCUGUCCAAGUGUUUCUUACCGGAGGAGAGCACCGUCAUCGGUGUGUACACCUCAACCGGCGCCUGUCUGUUGCUGCUCGUCUUGGCGCAUUGCUUGUGGGUGAAGGGCCUGUUCCAGUGCCUCAGCCUUUGCCUGCUGGGGAAGCACAAGUCUCUGUGAAAACUACAUUACCCAGUACCUCCCACGUACAGAAUCCUGAAGUACCGACGCACCUCAGUUUGGGAUAGGUUUUGACCGAGCAAAAAAAACAAAAAAAAACGGUCUUUGCUUAUUGUCUUUUGCGACACCGGCAAGGACGUCAAUUGUUCAUUUAAAUGUUUAAGUCAUUUUAAUGACUUUAAACUUGUUCUAUAUUAAUGACGUGAUGGUUGUGGCCUGCGUUGGGGGGGGGGGGGUUGUUUUACAUUCCGCGAGCUUGCCAAAAGGUGGCACUUUAUCGUUGGCAGGUCGUGUCAAUCGGGAGUAACCAAGUCGACAAAACGUCCCACCACUGACUUUUCAGCACUUUGCCUUGUUAUUUUUUUUGGCAUCCAGAAACACAAGUGUAUUCUUAUGAUUAUUAAUCCCAAUUUUAGUGUCAAAUGCGCGUUGAUGAUCCAUGUAAUUCACCGUGAACUGAAAACUCACCCCUCAUCUCACAUUAUUAAUUUGUUGAGGGGGUUUAUUGUCGCUCAUCUUUGACAAAUAUUUGUGAGGGUUUUUGCCAAUUAUUGACAUGUCCAAUCGAUUGUGCAUUAAUAAAAAAUAAAAAAACAUCUUUAAUA